CUGUCAGUGUGAUGACAUUUGGUAGUAUAUUCAGAAAGAGGAUCUAUUUUUGCUUUUAAUUUAGAAUAAUAUGGUAAUGGUGCAAAUUUUAUCAGGGCACUCUAUACUACAGUAAAGUAUCAACUUGUACAACGUAAUUUACUUAGACUAUUUUUAUAACACUGACAAACACUGAUCUCUUCAGUUAUAAACAUAACCUAAAAUGGCUAACAAAAUCUUGGGUCAUUUUUUGAGAAGUAGACCGUCUAUGAUGAUGUUCAAGCGAUGGGAGAGCUCAGAGCCAGAGAAGCGCGUUACCAUCCACGAUCCUUUUUACUCACAGCCACAGAAAAACAAAGAAACUUACUUAGAGGUUGUAAAAAUGUUCGAAGGCCGGGAUAACAGAAGACGAGGUCAUGUCGAGUUUAUAUACGCUGCUUUAGCAAGAAUGAAGGAGUUUGGUGUCCAAAAAGAUCUCGAAGUAUAUAAAGCCUUAGUAGAGGUGUUACCUAAAGGAAAGUUUAUUCCGAAAAAUAUAUUCCAAGCAGAGUUUAUGCAUUAUCCGAAGCAGCAGCAGUGUGCCGUGGACCUGUUGGAACAAAUGGAAGACAAUAAAGUAAUGCCUGACACGGAGAUGGAGCAGAUGCUGCUAAACAUAUUUGGUGCCCGAGGUAUACCUCUCCGCAAGUUCUGGCGCAUGAUGUACUGGAUGCCAAAGUUCAGAAACCUUAGUCCUUGGUAUCUACCUGAACAACUGCCCAAUGAUACGACUGAACUAGCCAAACUUGCUAUACAGAGGAUAACUUCAGUAGAUCCGGAUACUAAAAUUGAGAUUUGGCAGACAGAAGAAAUAGAAGCCUCACUAGACAAGACAUGGGUGGUGAGUGCUCAAAGUGAAGCACAGAAGAUACUUCUGGCAGAACAGCCAACUGAUGACCCAUUGGUUGUGAAGGGCCCAUUCAACAUCUACUUGAGAGAACAAGUAGUCAACUAUUUCUUACUUAUUGGGAAAAUAAGGCCAGAAAUCAAAGAUAACACAGAUCCUGAUGAUGUUUCAAAUAUUGAGAAACCUCGUGGAAUUCCUGGGCUUAUUGGCACUACAACACUCCCUGCAGUGAGGCAAACAGUUCAUGAACAGGAUGAUGGUACUAUAGUAUCAGUGUGUGCUACAGGCACCUCAUCAAGAGAUUCCUUGCUAUCAUGGAUCAGAUUGCUAGAAAAAUAUGGAAACCCUCAACUUUCUAGUAUACCAGUUAUAUUCACACUCACAGCGCCUCCAAGUGAGAUGGCCAUACAAGAAACUCAACCAGCUAUAAAGGAUAGCCAAGAAAAAGAAGAAUCUAGAAUUUAAUAAGUGAAAUAUUAAUUAAAUAGGGAUGUAAUACUUAUGAAAUUGCCAUGUUGCAAUUGCAAUUUCAUAAAUAAUAAUUAUAUUUAUGUAGUUGUUACAUAGUAAAUUGUUUUUGUUUAUAAA